GUGCUGAACGCCUUAACGUCUCAACCUAUCAUUCGAACUCUGCUUCUUACCCUUCAGAAACGACUUACAAGUGUUAAGAAUUUUACUGUAGAUACAGGAAUUAACUACUUUUGUUUACUUAAACGUCCGGGAUUCUUGUUUGACUAUCAAUCUCAAGGAAUUGAGGUCAGUAAUCUAUAUUGCGGUUUGUUGUGUAGUCACAUGUUCUCGUAGACAAAAUUCGAAGUAAAUGUACACUAAAAAUACUUUAGAAGGUAUUUCUUUGUUCACGAACGGCUUAUGUAUGAUACACUGAGUAACUGUGUACACUAUUAUCUGGUGGGUAAAAGGUAGAAGUCGUCAAAUCGGAACCCUGUGUAGAGAAAUAGCGAACAAGUGAAGCAAGCUGACUUUUACGAGUUAACCGAUGCAUGUAUAUGCAUCCCCUUAAUUAUUUUCUUGGGUUCUUUUAUCUCCAUUCGGGUCCACCGGGUCUUUUAUAUCCUCGCCGUGAAAGUGAGCGCCGAACUUGUAAUCGGGCUAGAACAUCGUGCUCUCUGACCAAAAAUACGAGCUUCGGCCAGACUACGAUUUCGAGAGAACCAGACCUGUUCUCCUCGCGACGACGGGCGCUACGCCGUCUAAAAGUUUCAACAUUUCGUUGCGGAAUCUGACUCUCACAACGCGUGCUCGUUGUAGAAAUAACAUAAACUUGUCGAGGGUGUGUAUUUUCAUUCAAGAGGCAACGAAAUCGAGCAGCAAGAUGAUUUUUUCGUUGAAAGUAGUCGGUUAGCUCAGCGCUUGGACUCCAAUCGUCCUUGGGGAGUUUGGAGUUCGAGGGACUCUCGGGUACUCCUCAAGGCGGAUUCUUCGGCAAGGCUGCGACGGUUUCCUCAGCGUAAAUUCGAGGGUAUAAAGGAGAGGAUAGGCGCGUUGGUCGACCCUGUCCGACGUAAGUGUAUUAUUGUGUAUUUGUCAGCGAGAAACGUGGCCAUACAUGCCGGCGUCGAGUUCGUUCCUUCGGUGUAUCGUUCUCCUCGAUCGUGUUUGGUCGUAAUUGUGUGGGCAUGUAAAUGCGCAUUUUGUUUGUCGAUGUGUCGUCCGCGCGUCCAGUCACCACGCAUCCGACAACGAAGCUUUCCGACACUGCGCCGUACCAGACAGUAAGCACACGCGCACGGGCAUCAUUCAAAAGACGAGGAUACCGACGAAGAGAGUCACCCGUCAAGAAGGUCGCAUCACUAAUUCAACAGCGAGUGAAUCAAGUUGUUCAAUUCAAGUUCACGUCCUCGAGCAAUGGAUCCAGUGGUUCAGCCGAAUGAAGAGAAAAAAAAUCAUCCGGAAUCUCUUCCUCGGCGCACGAGCUUCCCGGGGCAAUGAGAGAAUCCCGAUUUCAACGCGGCGUUCUCUCGUUACCGGGUCAGAGUUCAUUCCAUGGAUGACUACUCGAGGAUGCGGCCCCACCCUAGGAGAAUAACAGUGAGACUAGAAUCGCUGGUGACGGAGCGUCGAGGCUCCCCCAGAGACGCGGCAGCAUCAGGCGUAAGGACGACGGGGGUUGCAUCGGCCCUGCGAUUAAACUCUAAACCACGAUCUGGUCCCGGUGGACCGACCCUCUUUCGUGUCCAUGGGGGCCUUGGAACACGUUUGGCGACACGUUGGGCCUUCGGGCCUCGCAACCUUUUUAACUUUGGUCGGAUCGGUCGCCGCUGUUCGAGUCUUUGUAGAAAAGUGGAGAUAAACCGGGACCAAGGGGCAGAUAAAACGGAGAGACGAUCCUUCGAGCGGACCAAGUGUCGGGCAGUCACGUCCUGGGUUAACGCUGCGUGGCGCAAAGCGACCGGCUUUAAUAAAGCGUCGAGAAAGGCGAAAGAGACGAGAAACACCGGAGUCCGUAGCCAGGAAGAAAACUAACGAACUUUACUCGACGGAUCGAAUUAAGGAGCUUUCGAGAGCCGAGGAUUCGUUUAUCAGAAGUCUCUUAGUUAUACGUUGUAGCUGAAUUAGUGAAAAAAUAUAUUCGUUUGUGUA